AUGGCUUCCUCCAAGACUCUCGUUCUUAUCACCGGUGCAACAAGCGGCAUCGGCCUCGAGCUCGCAACCCAACUUCUAGCAAAAGGCACAUACCAUGUCCUCCUCGGCGCCCGAUCCCCCGAGAAGGGCCACGCCGCAAUCGAGGCCAUUCGCACCAAGGACCUUCCCGGCUCUAUCGAUCUGCUUCAUCUCGACGUAACCAACGACAGUACCAUCGAAGCCGCCGCUGAGCACGUCCAAGCCGUCCACGGCCACCUAGACAUCCUCGUUAACAAUGCUGGCGUCUCGGGUAUUCUAACACCACCGAACCUCCGCGAGCAAAUGCGCACAUCCUUCGACACAAACGCCACAGGCCCAGCAGUCGUCACGAGUAUAUUUGCGCCGCUACUACAGCGCUCUACCUCAGGAGCCCGGCGGAUCAUCAACAUCACCAGCGGUGCGGGAUCCAUUACGCAAAGGCUGGACCCGUCCUCGGCCAUCUAUAAGGUCCAGCAGGUGCAGUACCGGGCUAGCAAGGCCGCGUUGAAUAUGGUUACUGCGUGCCAGGUGGUUGAUUUUGAGCCGUACGGGGUGAAGGUCUUUUUGUAUGACCCGGGGUUCACGCAGAGUAGUCUUGGCCCGCAUAACAAAGCGGAGAAUGGUGCGAGGAACGUACGGGACUCGGUUAGGCCUUUGAUGGAUGUGUUGGAGGGGAAGAGGGACGGGGAGACCGGGAGGAUACUGCAUAAUACGGGGAUUUACUCGUGGUAG